AUGCACGAUUUACUAAGAGAUUCACCGAGCUCAGUACCGCGAGCUAGCUCUGGCGGCUUCGCUGCAUGCAGCCGAGCGGAUCGGGCGGAGUUGGAGGAAGCUGCACGAGCAGGGAAUUUCGACCUCCUCCAAUCGGUGGCAUAUAACAGAGUAUGGAUCACGGGCCUGAGCUAUUGCCAGAGCCGGGCGUCAAUUGAUUCCUGCGAGACGUCUCUGCAUUCUCUCUGGUGCGUCUAUUACCAAUGCGCCAGGCAUGUCUCCCACGAAAGCUUUGAGCAAGACAGAUGGGUCCUCGACAUCCUCCGGACGCGGGGACGCGGGCCUCUAAUCAGACCGGCGCCGGGCGGUGGCAUCGAUAUUGCUAGAACUCUCGAUGGGACAGUCUGGAACGACAUGCCGUUCCUUGCGACGGACAUGACAGAGUGCUGGAUCAACGACUGCGCGGAAAUGAACGCAAAGCAGCGCCUUAAUGCUGCGUCCUUCCUUGCGAAGCUUGCGUCCACGCGCAUUGCGAACGAUCGGCUUUGCCAGAUUGCUCUGAUCCUUUUUCGGGACACAUUCGAGUGCGAGCGUCCUCUUGGGAGCUCUAAUGAGCCGGAUGAUGAACACGAAGAAUAUCGCCGAACAAUGCCUGGACGUUCUAUUGCGUCGUUACUCCCAUCUGCAUGUGCCUGGAUCUGA